UGCCGGAAGUGACCCGCGGUUUGGAGCUCGCGGGAAACUCGUCUAGCUGCCUGGCGCACCGGUGGGACUCCAGCUGCCAUGAGCCUCUUGGAGGACAAAUACCGGCCGUGCUCCCUCGCCCAACUGGACUAUCACAAGGAACAGGCGGUGCAGCUGCGCAACCUGGUGCAGUGUGGUGACUUUCCUCACCUCCAAGUAUAUGGGCCAUCAGGUGCUGGAAAAAAUACAAGAAUUAUGUGUAUCCUACGAGAGCUUUAUGGUGUCGGGAUGAAAAAAUUGAGAAUUGAGCAUCAAGCUAUCACAACUCCAUCUUAAAAAUAAAAUUGAAAUCAGCACCAUUGCCGGUAACUACCACCUUGAAGUUAACCCCAGAGGAUUAUGUUAGGCAAUAACUAUUGCCUGGAUGCCUACUGAGAUAGAAGAUCCAAGUCCUUCUAUGGGGGUUGGAGGGACACUGGGGAUCCAUGGUGCAGUAUCAGUUGGGAAAAGUUUCAGAGGUCCUUAGGCCAGCAACCAUCAUGGACCAUGUCACUGAGGUGAGUGUCUCUGAAAAGAAGGUGAAAUGGAGGGAGUGGGGGGAGGAGUCUUAAGCUCAUGCUUUUGUAGAUUUGGUGGCAGGCACUAUGUAUGCUCUACACAAACUGUCUUCUUCAAUCCGUAGAGUAUCUCUUACACAGUUCAUCAAGGGAAAGAUGGGGAAUGGAUCAAGUUAUAAGAGUAUUUGCUCUGUAGGCUACUUGGGGAAUAUACCGACUUCUUGCCUGGGAAAAUGGUCACCAGAGUUCAGAUGUUCUGGUCCAGCUAUAACAAAGGGAGGAAAACUUAAUGACUGUGUGGAUAAUUGUAAAGUAAAAUUGACAAAUGAGAUGUAAUUAGGUCUUUCUGUAGUGAGUAAACUAGAAACAGGGUAUUUGUUAAACUGUUAGUUUUCCCCUUGAGUAGUAAUAUCACUGUGAGAACACACUGAAUGCUUUCAGUGCUAGUACAAUUGAAGUUUGUUAACCAGCCUAAAAUAUGUCAAUUUUAAAGGUUUAUAAUAGUAACUACAUAUUACUAGUUUCAACAAAAUUUUUAACCACAAGAUUGUACAAUUGUAGCUAAACAUGUGGUCUACUCAAGAAGCCGAUGAACUGAAAAUUGAAAACCAACAUGGACCACAUACCAAAAAUCUCUGUCUCAAAAACAAAACAAAGGAAGACAAACUUCCUGAAAUUUUUCAUGUAUUAACAGGUUAAGAGUAAGGUUGUAAUACUGGUAAGUAUUUACAUCCAUGUAAUCGUCCUUCUCCUGUUGUAUAGUGAUGCAGGAAACAUUGAACAGGUCCUAAUUCAGGAGAUGCUGAAGACUGUGACACAAUCACAGUAGCUUGAAACCAGCUCACAAGGAGACGUCAAAAGCUCUUGGAAGACUGCGAAAGGCUCUAUGAGCAUCUCACUCACUGUAUUCCUCCUGAGAUAAUAAUGAAGAUGGUGAGUGUGUGUGUAGCAGGUGAAUGGUGUCUGUUGAUAAUUUUAAAGCAAGUUCCUCAAGAAAGAAUCCAGGAGCUACAAGGGCACAUCGUUUUCCCUGAGACAGAAGAGAGGGCUGAUUCUACAGGAAUCUUGACAUUCCAGGAUGUGGCAAUUGAUUUCUCUCCAGAUGAGUGGGAUUGCCUCGACUUUGUACAGAGGACUUUGUACAGGGAUGUCAUGUUGGAGAACUACAGUAACAUGGUCUCUGUGGGUUGUUCGGUGUCCAAACCAGACCUGAUCAACUCCCUUGAACAAAGCAAAGAGCCCUGGAAUGUGAACGUAGGAGAGAAAGAAGGCAAUGAACAAGUUUUCUAUUUUCAUCAAACACAAGACCAGUUUUCACAGGAGAAUGGACAAGAUCCUAUCCAGAAAUUGCUAUCAGCUCAUGACCAGAAACAAGAGAAGCAUUAUGUAAACAAUCAAAAUGAAGAAAGUCAAAACAACUAUAUGGAAUGUGGAAGGUGCUUAAACAGAUGUGCAUGCCUCACUAUACAUAAAGGAAUUAAUCCCAAAGAGAAGGUAUAUAAAUGUAAAGAUUGUGGCAAAUCAUUUACCCAUCAUGCAAAUCUCCAAGCUCACUGGAGAAUCCAUACUGGUGAGAAACCUUUCACAUGUCAAGUGUGUCUCAAGUCCUUUACCCAGGUGUCAGAUCUUCACAGACAUCACAGAGUCCAUACUGGUGAGAAACCUUUCACAUGUCAAGAAUGUGGCAAGUCUUUUGCUCAUGUCUCAACUCUACAUAAUCAUCACAGAAUCCAUACUGGAGAGAAACCUUUCAGAUGUCAAGAAUGUGGCAAGUCCUUUACCAGGGCCUCAACUCUUCACACUCAUCACAGAAUCCAUACUGGUGAGAAACCUUACAUAUGUCAAACAUGUGGCAAGUCCUUUACCAGGGUCUCAAAUCUUCACAGUCAUCACAGAAUCCAUACUGGUGAGAAACCAUACAGAUGUCAGAAAUGUGGCAAGUCUUUUGCCCAUAUCUCAACACUUCAUAAUCAUCACAGAAUUCAUACUGGUGAGUAACCUUACAGAUGCCAAGAAUGUUGCAAGUCCUUUACCCAGAUCUCAGCUCUUCUUGCUCACCAUAGACUCCAUAAUGGUGACAAACCUUACAAAUGUAAAGAAUGUGGUAAGUCCUUUAACACAAACUCAAGUCUUAGAAAGCAUCACAAAAUUCAUGUAUGAUGUAUAUUUCAUAAAAUUUCUUAGUAUACUUCACAGUAAUUCAUUGUAUAGAUCUUCAUACAUUAACCAAGAUAUUACAGAGACUCACAUCCUUCAAUUAAUUUUUAAAGCUUAGUGAAUACUUUGCUUUAAUUUCUUAUGAAUAUAGAAACAUUUUAUCCAGAUUUGACCUUUAUUGUCAUUAAACAUAUGUUGUAAACUGAAUUUAUCCAUUAUUGUUGUAAACAUAGCAUUCAAGCAUUAACUAUUAUAAAUAAGCAAAUAUUUCUAGUAGGAGUAAAUUAAGCAAUAACAUUUCUUGACUGUAUGUUUAGAAAUGUGUUAAAAAAAUUCAGUGUCAAAAAAGAAUCCAUUGUCAUACUAUUUCAGAUUUUGAUGCAAAUUUACUUUCUUGGCAUAUGGUUGCUUAUGUAAUGAGAUUAUGCUCUAUAUGAACAUUAUUUUCCUGUGAUUUUUGUGAUAUUAAAUGUAUAACAGCUCGUAUGAAACUAGAAGUCUUUUCAUUCUGUGUCUUUGCAAUAAAACUUUUAAACAUUUUGACCAA